UCACGUGAGCUCCCAGGACUUCCCGAUUCCCAGCCGUGCCUCCCGUGAGCUGUAUAAUCAGUCUGAAAGGAAAAAGCGUUAGGUAGGCAGGGAAAACCUAGUGGAAGGAAGUUUAAACGGAAAGAGCCAAGCGUUUUUGUAACAAUGCCACACUUUACUGUGACUAAGGUAGAGGACCCAGAGGAGGGGGCAGCAGCUUCGGUCUCCCAGGAGCCCAGUUUACCAGAAAUAAAACCCCGGAUUCUGGCUGCAGAUGAACCAGAUGAUGGGCAUAAGAAAGCUCGAAAUGCUUAUCUCAGUAAUUCCAAUUAUGAAGAAGGAGAUGAAUAUUUUGAUAAAAAUUUGGCACUCUUUGAGGAAGAAAUGGACACCAGACCAAAGGUGUCUUCUCUCCUCAAUCGCAUGGCCAAUUACACUAAUCUGACACAAGGAGCAAAGGAACAUGAAGAGGCAGAAAAUAUCACUGAAGGGAAAAAGAAGCCCACCAAGACCCCCCAAAUGGGUACCUUCAUGGGUGUCUACCUCCCAUGUCUACAAAAUAUUUUUGGAGUGAUCCUCUUUCUGCGCCUUACAUGGGUGGUAGGCACAGCCGGAGUUCUUCAGGCCUUUGCAAUUGUCCUUAUCUGCUGCUGCUGUACAAUGUUGACUGCUAUCUCCAUGAGUGCCAUUGCCACUAAUGGAGUGGUGCCAGCUGGAGGCUCAUACUUUAUGAUUUCCCGGGCGCUGGGUCCAGAGUUUGGUGGGGCUGUUGGCCUCUGCUUUUAUCUUGGUACCACAUUUGCAGCAGCCAUGUAUAUCCUUGGUGCCAUUGAAAUUUUUCUGGUAUACAUUGUGCCCCGGGCUGCCAUCUUUCGCAGCGAUGAUGCCCUCAAGGAAUCAGCAGCCAUGCUUAAUAACAUGCGUGUCUAUGGCACAGCCUUCUUGGUCCUCAUGGUCUUGGUGGUAUUCAUCGGCGUGCGCUAUGUGAACAAGUUUGCCUCACUUUUCCUGGCCUGUGUCAUUGUAUCUAUCUUGGCAAUCUAUGCUGGAGCUAUCAAGUCUUCUUUUGCCCCCCCCGACUUCCCGGUCUGCAUGCUGGGUAACCGCACUCUUUCAUCAAGACACAUAGAUAUUUGCUCUAAGACCAAGGAAAUUAACAACGUGACAGUACCAUCAAAGUUAUGGGGCUUCUUCUGUAACUCCAGUCAGUUUUUCAAUGCCACCUGUGAUGAGUACUUUGUUCACAAUAAUGUCACUUCAAUCCAGGGCAUUCCUGGCUUGGCUAGCGGUAUCAUUACAGAGAACCUUUGGAGUAAUUAUCUCCCUAAGGGAGAGAUCAUUGAAAAGCCCUCAGCCAAAUCAUCUGAUAUUUUGGGAAACUUAAAUCACGAAUAUGUUCUUGUUGACAUUACCACCUCCUUCACUCUUCUGGUGGGGAUAUUCUUUCCCUCUGUCACAGGUAUCAUGGCUGGAUCAAAUAGAUCUGGAGAUCUGAAAGAUGCUCAGAAGUCUAUUCCCAUUGGAACGAUCCUUGCCAUCCUGACCACAUCCUUUGUCUAUUUAAGCAAUGUUGUCCUUUUUGGUGCAUGUAUUGAAGGGGUUGUUCUCAGAGACAAGUUUGGGGAUGCUGUGAAAGGUAACUUGGUGGUGGGCACCUUAUCUUGGCCGUCCCCAUGGGUGAUUGUCAUUGGCUCCUUCUUUUCAACAUGUGGGGCUGGACUUCAGAGCCUCACAGGUGCACCGAGGCUGUUACAGGCUAUAGCCAAGGAUAACAUCAUACCAUUCCUGAGGGUUUUCGGUCACAGCAAAGCCAAUGGGGAACCUACCUGGGCUUUACUUCUCACUGCUGCCAUUGCAGAGCUGGGAAUCCUAAUUGCAUCCUUGGAUCUUGUGGCCCCAAUUCUAUCCAUGUUUUUCCUCAUGUGUUACCUCUUUGUGAACUUGGCAUGUGCCUUGCAGACAUUACUUCGAACACCCAACUGGAGACCCCGAUUCCGCUACUACCACUGGGCCCUGUCUUUCAUGGGAAUGAGUAUCUGUCUGGCUCUGAUGUUCAUUUCUUCCUGGUAUUAUGCCAUCGUAGCAAUGGUAAUAGCUGGUAUGAUCUACAAGUACAUUGAGUACCAGGGAGCUGAGAAAGAAUGGGGUGAUGGUAUCCGUGGGCUGUCACUCAGUGCAGCCAGGUUUGCUUUGCUUCGGCUGGAGGAAGGACCUCCACACACUAAAAACUGGAGGCCUCAGCUGCUUGUUUUGCUGAAACUAGACGAAGACUUACAUGUCAAGCAUCCUCGCCUCCUUACAUUUGCCUCACAGCUGAAAGCAGGAAAGGGUCUCACUAUUGUGGGCUCUGUCAUAGUGGGGAACUUCCUGGAAAAUUAUGGUGAAGCUUUAGCUGCUGAGCAGACCAUUAAGCACCUAAUGGAAGCAGAGAAGGUAAAAGGAUUCAGCCAGCUGGUGGUCGCUGCCAAAUUGCGAGAGGGCAUUUCCCACCUCAUCCAGUCGUGUGGCCUUGGGGGCAUGAAGCACAACACGGUGGUGAUGGGCUGGCCUAAUGGCUGGCGUCAGAGUGAAGAUGCCCGUGCUUGGAAAACUUUUAUUGGCACAGUUCGAGUGACAACUGCUGCUCAUCUUGCUCUGUUGGUGGCUAAAAAUGUCUCCUUCUUUCCCAGCAAUGUGGAGCAAUUUUCUGAGGGCAACAUUGAUGUGUGGUGGAUUGUGCAUGAUGGGGGGAUGCUCAUGCUAUUACCAUUCCUACUGAAACAGCACAAGGUGUGGCGAAAAUGCAGCAUACGAAUCUUCACAGUAGCCCAACUAGAAGACAACAGUAUACAGAUGAAGAAGGACCUGGCCACCUUCCUGUAUCACUUGCGCAUUGAGGCAGAGGUAGAAGUGGUGGAAAUGCAUGACAGUGACAUAUCAGCUUAUACUUACGAGCGCACUCUGAUGAUGGAGCAGAGGUCUCAGAUGCUCCGGCACAUGCGGCUCUCCAAAACAGAACGAGACAGAGAGGCACAGUUGGUGAAAGACCGGAACUCAAUGCUGCGACUGACCAGCAUUGGUUCUGAUGAGGAUGAAGAGACAGAAACCUAUCAAGAGAAGGUACACAUGACGUGGACAAAGGACAAGUACAUGGCAUCGCGAGGGCAAAAAGCCAAGUCAAUGGAAGGAUUCCAGGACCUCCUUAACAUGCGUCCGGACCAGUCUAAUGUGAGACGGAUGCAUACAGCAGUGAAGCUCAAUGAGGUUAUAGUAAACAAGUCCCAUGAAGCAAAGCUUGUUUUGUUGAAUAUGCCAGGACCACCCCGAAACCCUGAGGGUGAUGAAAACUAUAUGGAGUUCCUAGAAGUGCUCACUGAGGGACUUGAACGAGUUCUCCUUGUCCGGGGUGGUGGCAGUGAAGUGAUCACCAUUUAUUCAUAAUCUACUUCUAAAUGACUCUGCUUGGUCUCAGCUUUCCUAAAUGGCUUCCAUCCUCCAUUGAAGUGACAGCUCUUUUCUCCUGUUCCCACUCAGAGGCCCAUGUUUUAUGCCCAUCACAACUAAACUCUUGAUGAGCUGGCCUCAAGUCCUUGUGCAAGAGAGCAAAUAGAUCUGUCCUUGGCUUCCAUAUGAUCUGACAGAAGCAGCAAAUAUUCCCUCAACAUCAAAAGAAUGAUCAAAUCUUAAAAGCCAUUUCUUUACCAGUAGACAACAAGUUAGAGUUAAUAAGCUAAGUCAACAAACGGGAACCCUUCAACACCUCUGAAGGUAGUGAAUUGGUAAAAGGGAUGCUAGAAAUUCACCUAAAGACAAAAAACAAGUACAUAUCCAGCAUUAAAGAUCAGUCUCAGAAAUCACGGCUCAGUGAUAACAGAGGAAACAGCUAGAUAGACAGCCUCACCUCACUGAAGAAUUCAUGGCCAAGUAACAUGGAGACCUCUUAUCCUCAUGAAGACAACUCAUAGCAAGCUGAGAUGGAAACCUUUUUUAGCUGAUUUUCUUUAGUGUAUCUACUGCUCUCUAGGACUUUUAAAUUUUAAGUUAGGGUACUAAUAUUCCAAACCUGAAAUGUGGCUGCAGCUUCUAUUUUGUUCCUCAAAAACAAGAUUCUAGGGCCAAGGAUUUAACUCAGUGACACCAUGCCUGCCUUGCAAGCACAAGGUUCUGAGUUCAAUCCCUGGAACCAAAAAAAAAAAAAGAUUCCACAAAAUACCAGGUUUAAGUAUCUAUAUUGUGUUAGUGUGUAUUUCAGCUGUUUGUUUCCAUCAACUCAAAAUCCAUUCUGUGGUUGUAACAAUGUAGGCACUUUUGCCAUGGAAAUUAUUUCUUAGUAAAAAUUAUUUUAGGUUCUUUUCAUACUGCUGGACUAAGGGAAUUUCAAGGAGUAGCUGUUAAGAUUUACUGAAAUACAGUCUGUGGUAUCUUUGUGACAAGGGAAAGAUAUACAAGCUGUUACAUAAGAAAUAUAGGUCAGGAUAUACAUUAACCAGUGGAUUCUACUUUCCUUCUUUUUAUGCCAAGUUAGGCACAAGUCAAAAAAGUCAUAUGGAACAAACAGUAGGAUGACUGGCUAAAAUCAUCCUCUGAAGGCUUUGAACCAUCUUUUUUUUUUUGGUACCGGAGAUCGAACUUGGGACCUUGCACUUGUGAGGCAAGCAGCAGAACCACUAAGCUAAAUCCCCGGCCCCUGAACCAUCUUUUAAAAGGGGAAUAGAGCUUUAAAUUGGAAGUUCUAGACCCCUACUCUUUCCACAGUGCCAAAGUUACUGAGCUGCUACUCUCCUUAUCUACUUAAAAGUAGCACACAGCCUGGCAUUGGCCCAGCUCAAGAAAGUUUUCUCUAAGAAACCUAUGGCCUCAUCGCCAAAGCCACAGUUAAGGCUUGUCCAAAGAAAGAGCAUGUCCCCUUUUCUUUUUUAUUAUUUAAUCUGUCUGCAGAAACUUGGCUCAGAACUGAGACUGUCCAAGCCAAUAGGCUUUUGCUGUUUAUGGUUUAUUUUCAGAAAGUUCUAAAUGUGCCAAGGAAAUACUUGAGCAAAUACUGCUUUUUACUUACUAAUUUACUUAUCACAAAACACAUGGCUUACCAGCAUAGGAAAACUGUGGGGCUGAGCAAUAAUUUCAAGUAUGUGAAAUCUUAUUUUUUCCAAGAUAGGAUUUAAGAAACCACUUUCUUGCCUUUAUUCAUGGGUGCUUUUAAGUUUCACUUCAUUAAUGACAGUGCCACUCUUUGAUUACCCAAUAGGAUAUGCAACAAGCUGACUCUUGUGUCACAGGUAAUUAUUUGACCCACAGGGACAAAGAAAACCCUUCAGGGUAGCUUAAGGAAAUGAGUCAUUUUGUUCUAUUCUUUUUUUUUUAAUGAGUCAUUUUGAUUUCUUCCUUUGCUCUUUUUUCAACCUCCAGGCCCACUCAAGAGUACCAACACAGACAGGAUCUUAAAGUUUUUUCCUGCUCCUUCCUGCAGAGGGUAGAAAGUUUGUUUACAACUCCCACUGUAACACUCCAUUCUAUAGUUGAGCGUAAGUGACCCAGCAUCUUAAAGAUCCAUACUCUCCAAGUCAGCCUGCCCAGAAAUUGCUCAGCAUUUACACAUGCCCCGGCCAAAGUGCUACAUACUUUUUCCACAUAGGAUAAAUAUGGGCAGAAAAAAAAAGGUUAAUUUUAGAAGUAUUAUUUGUGGGUGGAGCUCUGUAAGAAAUCUUUUGAAGAGAUAAGGGAAUUGGUGACCAUUAAUAUAGCCACAAUUCCAGUCCUAAAAACACACAAUCACUGUUACAUGGAAGAAUGGUUAUUAGGCCAGAUUUAUACUCAUCUUUGUCUACAGCAUUUCAUGUCUAUUGCUGCUUAUGUUGUUUGUCUGCCAAGUGUCUCGUCUCUUAAUCACUGCAAAUAAAGCAAUACUGAAAACUUGAGAGAAUGCACCUUAGGGGAAGGGGCUUUUUGUUUUAAGAGGGAAGAUAAAAACCUUCUUUCUCUUCCCUUUUGAAAAAGACCUAGCUUUUAAGUCUUACCUAUGACUCUACCAGGGCAGGUAAUAAUAUACAUUCUCCUACUGCUGGCCCUCUGGCUUCCAGAGCUAUCUUAAAAGCUGAAGUCUGAACUGCAGCGUCUGCUCAAGAGGUGCCAGGUUCCUGUUAGCAGGGAAAACAUUACUGCUCUUUAUCUUCUGUUGCCUCUGAUUCUUGUGGCCCCAAGGAUUCCACCAGUCCUCAUUCCUCCUAUACAUGUUAAAAAUUCCUUAUUGUGCGUAUUAAAUAACAGUUACACUGUAAGCAUAUUUAUGUGCUCUUUUUUCUGGUUUAUUUUUUUCUCAUCAUGUAUAAUUUGAAUCCAACAUUAGUUUUUCACAUCUUCAAGUGUCUCCAACAGAAUUUUUAUGUGCUGGUUUGUGUUAAACAACAGUAAAAUAUUAAGGAAAAUAGAUUUAAAGGAAACUUGUGAAACUUUUUAAAGCAUUGUUCUCAACCAUUUAAUUUAUUGAAAGGAGAUGCUGCUAUGCUUCUUGAUUUAGCAGCAAUCAUUGUUUUGUUUACAUACAGUUCUGGUUUUAUUUGUUGUUUUGCUCUGUACUGGAAACAAAUAAAGUUUUCUACAUUAUUUUCA